AUGGCGCGACUAAGGGUCGCCUUCUUGGGCCCGGCCGCGUCCUUCUCCCAUCAGGCCGCCGCAGAGGCGUUCGGCAAGACUUCCGCCGAGCUGCAGCCCUGCGUCUCCUUCGCCGAGGCUUUCGCCGCGGUCCAACAACAAACCGCCGACUACGCAGUGAUCCCCUGCGAGAACUCGACCAAUGGGUCUGUCGUGCAAACCUUGGACCUUCUAGCCGACCGCAAUGGCCUCUAUAACGACGUGAAAGUUUGCAGUGAAUACUACUUGACCGUCCACCACUGUCUCUUGGUCCGCAAAGGCAGUUUUCCCUCUGGCUGGGCCGGCUACGAUGGCUCAAUCACAAAACUAUACACCCACCCGCAGGCGUGGGGCCAAUGCGAUACCUUCUUGUCCCGAUAUUUCAAGGGCGUCGAGAGACAGGAUGUCUCAUCUACAUCCAAGGCUGCGGAGAUCGUCUCGAAAGAGACGGCUGAGCGGGGCGGGGCGAUUGCCUCUCGCUUUGCGGCAGAGCAUCACGGCGUAGAUGUGUUGCAGGAGAACAUCGAGGACCGCGAGGAUAACACCACUCGGUUCUUGAUUUUGAGGAAUGUGCUCGCGGAACGCACUGCGCAGCUGGCUGUUGAGCAGGCAGCGACGAAUUUGGCCGCUUCGCACAAAACGUUGAUCUCGUUUACGAUCAACCAUUCUUCCCCCGGAGCCUUGGCGGAUGCGCUACUCAUCUUCAAGGCGCACGGUCUCAACCUCACAAGUAUCAAUACCCGACCCAGUCUCAAGCGGGCCUGGCAAUAUAUCUUCUUUGUGGAGUGUGCCAGGACUCCAUCCGAUGAGAAUAAGGAUGCGGUCUUGAAGGUGCUGGCCGAGCUACGGAAUGUGACCGAGUCCUGCAGAGAUCUAGGGACUUGGAAGGACCAGUCGUGCCCAAGUCGUGGAUAA